CCAUCCAGCCCCCUGCAAGUGCCAUCCAGCCUCGUCACAACAACCAUGAGUUCCUCCGCGACCCCACACAGAAGCCAGCAGACCACGUCCCAGCGCCUCGACUACAUCAUCGUGCUCGACUUUGAGGCGACCUGCGGGCCGACCGUACCCAAGAGCGACUCUGAAAUCAUCGAGUUCCCCAUGAUCGUCAUCGACACCCAGCAACGAGCCGCCACGCACGAAUUCCAGGUCUACGUCAAGCCCACGCUGCACCCGAUCCUCGACGACUUUUGCACCGAGCUGACCGGGAUCACGCAGGACCAAGUUGAUGCCGGCGUCAGCUUCGUUGAGGCCCUGGAACUCGCCCACGACUUUGUGCAGCCGUUUGUGAAGCAACGCAACCGAAGCGCCAUCCUCACCUGCGGCGACUGGGACCUCAAGACCAUGCUGCCGCUCCAGGCCGAGCGCGAAGCGGUCCCAGUCGUAAGUCCCUUCGACAAGUGGAUCAACAUCAAGAAGGACUUUGAGCUCGUCUACAAGACACGCAAGGCCGGCAUGGUCCCCAUGCUGAACCACCUCGGGCUUACCCUCGAGGGCCGGCAUCACUCUGGCAUCGACGACUGCCGCAACAUUGCGCGAGUUGCAUUGGCCAUGAUGGAUGAUGGUCAUGUCUUUGGAAAGCCCGGGACGAUUCGCCAGAGAUCGUAAUACAUUUGCUGCAAUUGCUGCCGCUGCUGCAACUAAA